AUGGCAAACCAAAAUGGACAUUUUGAACAAAAACCUAUAUUGAAUGAACACUGGGAGAAAGAUAUAGUCACAAUAGGGCUAGUUAUUAAAGGUGGUCUACAAUCCAGCCAAAAUUACACCUGGAAUGAUGCAGAUGUUUUAGGGAAAGGAGCCACGGCUGAUGUAUAUUUGGGGAGAAACAAAGUCAAUGGAGAUAUUGUUGCCAUUAAACAAUUCAGACAAACACACCGACCUGGCUAUGAUGUGGAAUAUCGAGAAAUGCAACUUUUACAAAAACUCAAUCAUGAAAACGUUAUCCGUCUGUUUGGUAUUGAGCAGCAGUCUCUCAAUGGGUCUGUUGUUAUUAUUAUGGAGUAUUGUGAAGGUGGCAGCCUCCAUGCUCUUCUGGAUCAACCUCAAAAUACCUAUGGUUUAUCAGAGAGUACAUUUUUAUUGGUACUCAAACAUGUUGUUAAAGGUAUUCAAUAUUUACAAAGUCUGGAAAUCAUCCAUAGAGAUAUUAAACCAGGCAAUAUUAUGCGGUGUUUUACAGAACAGGGAGAAGUUAUUUUUAAGCUGACAGAUUUUGGGGCAGCUCGCAAAUUAGAAGAAGAAGAAAAUUUUACUUCAAUGUAUGGAACCGAAGAAUAUUUAUACCCUGCCAUGUAUGAAACGGCUGUAUUGCGGCUACCAACUGGUCAAACCUUUGAUAGUAGGGUAGAUCUUUGGUCACUUGGGGUCACGUUUUACCACUGUGCUACAGGUAAACUACCAUUUACCCCCCAUGGUGGUCGCAGUAAUAGAGAAACCAUGUUUAAGAUAAUAUCACAGAAAGAAACUGGUGUCAUAUCUGGAACUCAACAUUUCGAAAAUGGUCCCAUAACUUGGAGUCGAGAGCUGCCCCAUACUUGUCUCUUAUCCAGUGGUUUAAAGAAAAUGUUAGUACCAUUACUAGCUGGAUUAAUGGAGACUGAUCAACACAGGAUGAUCAAUCAUGAUCAAUUGUAUGAUAUUGUAACUAAUAAUAUUUGUAGUUGUAUUGUAGUUAAAGUUUUUCAUUAUGCGACAUGUACUAAUUUAAGUAUAUAUGUAAAUAGUAAAGCAUCAUUAUCUGUUCUACAAGAUAGUAUAGCUGAACAGACAGAGAUUCCAGCAAGUCAGCAGAUUCUCUUAUAUAUGGGUCGUUUGGUUAAACAUGAGAUAGAUCAAUUAGCUCCUAUAGAAACCUAUCCAAAAUAUCUUCUCAAAUCACAGCUUUAUGUAUAUAAUUCUACUUAUACAGAUGAAAUUCAACCUUUGUAUCUGCCUGAUUUACCCACGUUCCCUGACUUCAAAUCAACUUAUCCUGACUAUGAUAGAGAUAGCAAAAUUGUUUUUCAAUGCUCCUCGAGAAGUUACUAUAUCAAAGCAAUCACAGAUACUUUGGUCAAUAAUCAGAAAUGUUUAGUGGAAGGGGAACAGUUUUUAAGGAGUUAUAUUUCAUCCAGAUCCAUGUUAAUAGACGAAUCCUUCAAUGGUGUAGUGAAAGUAUUAGAACAGUCGAGUAAAAGAUUUGAAGUUUUUUAUAACCUGUUGAAAUCUAUUAAUAGAUUCAUGGAUUCUGUAUUCAGCAAAUCUCCGGAGCUAGAGGAAAUUGUUAAAGACGUAUCACUGAUAUCUGUUCAUAAAAAGAAGACAAACACGGUGUCAGCUGUCAUUAUGACAAGUGAUAUGGGCAGCUGA